GUGAACGCGACCAGCUGGCUGGGGGCGCCACACCUUUUAUGGCUGUGUGUUCGCUUUGAGCGUCACGUGUUAUAAGUGCCCAAAGCGAACGCACCCUAUGUCGCAUGUGCGCUCUCUGUUUUGGCAGAAAAUUCGAGGGAGAGUUUUCAUUGAACGUUGAAAAAUGUCGAAGAUGGCAAGAAUGACAAUGAAAACCAAAAAAGUAGCGGAAAAGAUUGAUCAUUCGUCAAAAUUACGCACAGAUGUUUGUGCAGGUAUGGCAACACCUGCACCACCGCUUGGACCUCAGCUCGGACAGAGGAAUAUUAACAUUGCAAAUUUCUGCAAAGAAUUUAAUCAGAGAACAGCCAAUAUCAAAGAAGGUAUUCCUUUGCCAUGCAGAGUCAAAGUGCAUUCAGAUAGAACUUUUGAUUUAGUAAUCCAUAAACCACCAGCAACAUACUAUUUAAAGCAAGCAGCUGGUAUACAGAAAGGAAGAACAUUAAAAGGUGACAUAGCUGGUAAGAUCACAUUAAAACAUGUGUAUGAAAUUGCUAAGAUUAAAUCGGAGGAUCCACCUAUGGCAUUGUUGUCAUUGGAGGACAUCUGUAAAAUGAUGAUCGGCAUUGCUCGUUCAUGCGGCAUCGAAGUUGUAGAGAAGAUAGAUCCAGUCGAGUAUGCUCAGUUCCUAGAAGAGAGAGGAAAGAUCCUCGAGAAGUUUUACGAGGAACUUCGAGUAGCCCGAGAGAGCAAAAUGCUCAGAACUAAUACGCAAGCAUAAAUGCACAUCAACUUUAUGCUAUGUUGUUAUUGUAUAUAUAUAUAUUUAGUAAAAAUGAGAACACAAAUGCA